GGAUUCUUGACAGAUGCUACGGAGAAAGAGGAAGAUGAUGGGAUUUAUUAGUAUUGAUCAUUGAUAAAUUCUCUUUUCGAACUGGCUUUUGGUCUGUAAAAUCUGAGGUUCUAUCAUAUGAUUUUAUCGACUUCUCUUCCUCUUCCUCUUCUUCUUUUUCUUCUUCCUCUCCGUCUGGUAUCAUCUCACCUCAUCCACCUCACCUCAUCCCAUCCAAGUUACUUUACGGUAUCUCAACAUCGGAUCACCUUGGAUCAUUGUACAGUACUUCCAUUCUUCACUUCAUACAUAGUCUCAAACAACACAGCAUAUAAACCAACUUCAACCCCCCAAAUGUCGUUCUUUUCGAAGAUUAAACAUACCAAAAAAACUAUUGAAGAGAAGAAGGCAAAACUCACCGCCGAAGAAGAAGCUGUCAAAGUUCCAUACAAACAUGUUCCAACACAUGCUGCAUUCGAUGCACUUUUCGGCGCACCUUCAACUUGGAAACAGGAAGAUCGUCCAAAAAUCAUAGCUCAUAAUAAGGAGCGAAGUCAGAAGACCAUCAAUCGUUCUCACAGUACUUUUUCCACUGUGUCAUCUAUGAAGGCCACUGCCGAUUAUACACCACGCGCCUCAAGUCGUGAUCGCUACAAUCCCACAUGGAAUUCUCGUAUAGAACAUGUCUCAUAUUUCGAUGCGAUCAAUCGAUCAAUGGCUCCUCCCCCAAUCAAAACGGAAGUUCCAAUUACUCCUGAUUCUGCUGUUGGUAUGAGUCCUUCAUCAAGUCUUCCUCAAAGUGAAGUUGCAUCUCAAUCAGCCAGUCCGGAAAAUAGCAAAGUGCCUUCCUCCUCCUCAUCCUCCACCUCCUUAGGUUUAGAAAUCGGCGCCAGCGCACCACGCAGACCCCUUCCAAGCGAUGCUUUCGAACAUCAAGCAGUAGCUUUCCCAAACGACAAUAUCUUACAAAGAUUACACAAAAGCACCACGCGCAAGUUGGGCGAGGCUCCCAUUCUCAAAGCCCCUAUCGUUGAAGUACAAGUGCCAAAACCUGUUGUGGUAACACCGGUUGUACAGAGAAAAUCUCGUUGGAGUCGCAUGGGAAAACAAAAUGGGGAACCUACCAAGGAUUGAUUUAUCUUGGCGAUCAAUUUACUCGGAAGAGAUGAAGAAGUGUUCAAUAUUUAUCAAUAUUUGUUCCAGAUGCGAAUGGAUAUUUGCAGAUCCCAUUGGGGAACACUUGCAACGAUCAAGUUGAAAGGGUCAUUUGCAGAUGGAAAUAACGCUUGUAACGAUGAGAACCCGGUAGUAUUUUGCCGUUCGCAUGGCAUGGUUACAAGAUUUUCGUCGCUGCCUAUGUCUUUCUGUGUUCAUUGGACAUUGGAUCAAUGGAUUCUAUUCAGUCAUUUCUUCAGAGACAUUUUACGCAAUUUUUUGGAGUUCUUUCAUUAGUUUGUGCUACUAAAAGUUUGUUUCUUCUUUUCGGUUUGUACAUUGGGUUGAUAAUAGAGGUGGAUGAGGAUAUGAAGAUGGAGAAGGGGGUUCUAAUAUUGCUGAAUGUUGUGGGAGGGGGAAUGCGGUCAUACAUUACUAUACUUGCUUGGCCUACAGGAUGAAGAUACGAUGCGUAUCUUAUUUUCUAUGAAGCUUCAGUGGUACGAUUAAUUUAGAUGAGAGUGUAGGCGUGAGUGUGAAGUGGAUGUGGAUGUAGAUGUGGUAAUGAAUGGGUAUUAGAUAAGUAGGCAGCUACAUGUAUAUUUUUCGAGGAUUUUAAUUGGAAUGAUUUAGAAUGGAGUGGGCAAAGGAGUCGGGAUUGGACUUGUGUCUAUUCUUGUACUUUUACUUGUGGUCUGGGUAUAUUGUUAAGGAUGGAUGGAUGGGUGGGAUGGAUAACUAGGCAGACGAAUUUUAAUUUGGACAUAGCACUUGCAAUUCUUAUACCACAAUAUAUAUUUCUUAAAAGUUGGUUGGAGACUGGGAUUGUAUGGAAUGGGAUGAUGAGCGUUCGAAACAACUGGGGUUGUAUUUACUAGGUAGGUAGUGAGUGUAUGUAUGUAGCUGUAUAGGUAGAAUUUGAAUUUGGAAGUUAUAUAAUGAAUGUAUUAUA